AAAAUAUUAUAUUUAUAUUGGUUAUAUCAUUUUAAAUAAUUUUCCCAUUUUAUGUAUUAUUUCAGUAUAUAAAGAAACCAUGUAUAAAGUGCAAACUACACUCAAUAGCCCAAGAUAGAAAGUCUCCAAAUCAAAAGUGGUAGAAACACAUACAACAUGAACAUUCCAAAUGUGUUAAUUGUUCCAUUUCCAGCACAAGGACAUGUGAAUCCCUUGAUGAACUUCUCACAAAAGUUGGUUGAUCAUGGAUGCAAAAUCACUUUUGUGAACACAGAAUUCAUCCACCAGAGGUUGAUGAGUUCAAUGGCCAAGCAAGAAAGCCUUGAUGACUCACCAAUAAAGCUGGUCUCAAUCCCUGAUGGUUUAGGACUUGAUGAUGACAGAAGUGAUUUGGGCAAGCUAUGUGAUGCUAUCCUAAGCACCAUGCCUUUCAUUCUUGAGAAGCUCAUAGAAGAUAUUAAUUUGAAUGAUGAUGACAAAAUCACAUGCAUUGUUGCUGAUGUGAUAAUGGGUUGGGCAUUGGAAGUUGGCAGUAAGCUAGGAAUCAAAGGAGUACAGUUUUGGACUGCUUCAGCAACUAUGUUUGCCUUGCAAUACAACAUCCCUAUGCUCAUUGAAGAUGGCAUCAUAGAUUCUAAUGGAUUCCCAAUUACAAAAGGGACAUUUCAAAUAUCACCAAGCAUGCCUGCAAUGGACAAAGGAGCCAUUUGGUGGUCAAAUAUCUAUGACCCAACAACAGAGAAGAAAAUAUUCAAAUAUUUGGUGCACUGUAUGCAAAACUCAAAUCUGACUAAGUGGAGCAUUUGCAACACCACAUAUGAACUUGAACCUGGAGCAUUAUCUUAUGUUCCAAAGCUCUUACCAGUUGGUCCAUUGUUGAGAAGUUAUGACAAUACAAAUGGAACCGUAAGAUCAAUGGGGCAAUUUUGGGAAGAAGAUUACUCUUGCAUAAAUUGGCUAAAUCAACAACCGCCUUGUUCUGUCUUGUAUGUUGCCUUUGGUAGUUUCACUCUUUUUGACCAAAACCAAUUUAAUGAACUAGCUCUUGGACUUGACCUCACCAAUAGACCUUUUCUUUGGGUUGUGCGUCAAGACAAGAAGAUGACAUACCCUAAUGAAUUAUUAGGGAGUAAAGGUAAGAUUGUUGGUUGGAGUCCUCAAUUGAAAGUGCUAAGCCACCCUGCCAUAGCUUGUUUUGUUAGCCAUUGUGGUUGGAAUUCUAUCAUGGAAGGUUUGUGUAAUGGGGUGCCCUUCUUGUGUUGGCCAUAUUUUACUGACCAAUUAUAUAACAAAAGUUACAUUUGUGAUGAGUUGAAGAUUGGACUGGGAUUGAACUUAGAUGAAAAUGGACUUGUGUCACGGUGGGAGAUUAAGAAGAAAUUAAACCAACUUCUUAGUGAUGAACAAAUAAGAGCAAGGUCUCUAGAACUGAAGGAGAUGGUUGUGAACAACGUUUCUGAAGGCAGUGGAUCAUCAAACAAUAUUCUUAGAUUUGUUGAAUGGUUAAAAUCUUGAAAAUGACGAUUGUCUUGGUCGUAAUCAUGCAGUGUUCUUGAAGAUGGAAGUGUUUAUUUUAAUGGUCUAGUUUAUCUAGGUUAUGGUGUUAUCUAUCAUGUUUUCUUUCAUGUCUUUUGAACGUAGUUUGAACUUAAAAGUGAUGCUGCCCUUUUCUUGUGAGAGUGAUGCUGUCCUUUUAGUUAUGCUAAUUAAGCUAAGAAAUUCAUGAUGUGAAAUUUUUAAAAACGUGACAUUAUAUAUGCAAAAAAUUUAAUCACAAUUAUAA